AAUCAUUGCUUCAAGAGGAUGAUGUUGGCCCGCCACCUGCGCCGCGCGCUGAGCGACCUCGCGCCGCGCCAAGACCCGGUCGCCAACCGCACGCUCAAGCUCCUCGAGCGCAAGAAGGUCACGACGCUCGAUAUCGGCAUCCUCAAGCGCAAGCAAAAGCCGAUCACGAUGGUCACGGCCUACGACUACCCUUCCGCGGUGCAUGUGGACCUUGCGGGCUUUGACGUGCUCCUCAUUGGCGACUCGGUCGGCAUGGUCGAGCUGGGCAUGGAUACCACGAUUCCCGUGACCUUGGAUGACAUCAUUUACCACUCCAAGGCCGUCUGCCGUGGCGCCAAGCGACCGCUGCUCGUCGCCGACAUGCCGUUUGGCUCGUGCGAAGGCCAUCGCUUUGAGGCGCUCAAGAACGCGCAGCGCUUGCUCAAGGAGGGCGGCGUCGACUGCGUCAAGAUCGAAGGCGGCGUCGAGCGCGCCGAAACGAUCAAGACGCUUGUCGAUGGCGGUAUCGCCGUCAUGGGCCACGUUGGCUUGCGGCCGCAAGCCAUUUCGGUGCUCGGUGGUUUCCGCGCUCAGGGUCGCACGGCCAAGCAAGCGGAGCAGAUCAUUGAAGACGCGCUCGCAGUGCAGAAAGCCGGUGCGUUUGCCGUCGUCAUCGAGUGCGUGCCUUCGGUCGUCGCGAAGGCCUUGACCGAGAUCCUCGACAUCCCGACGAUCGGGAUUGGGUCGGGCCAGCACACGAGCGGCCAAGUGCUCGUGUUCCAUGACCUGCUCGGCAUGCUCCAGCACCCGCACCACGCCCAGCACGUGCCCAAGUUUUGCAAGAAAUACGCGGACGUGGGCGAGCGCAUCCGCCAGGGCCUCGAGGCGUACCGCGAAGACGUCGAGCACGCGCGCUUCCCCAACGACGACUACGCCCCCUACAAGAUGUCCAAGGACGAGCAGGCCAAGCUGGCGGCGCUCGUCGACACCAAGUACGCCAAGCAAGCGGAAGAGACCGAAGAAGUGUUCGUCUCGGAAGUCUCCAAGGUCUAUUAACACUUGCAACAUCACUCUUUCUUGGCCUUGUC